UUAAGAAAAUUGUCCAAGAUCUAACAAAUAGUGGAGUUAGGGUUUGCACCCAUUCUGUCUAACACCAAUAUCUAUCCUCUUAACCCUUAUGUGACGUAGCCUCUUCUUCUAGUAAUAAAUGUUGCAUGAAGGAGCUCGCAUCAGUGAACUUUUCUCAGGGGUGUACAUACUGUUCCCCUAAUUACAAACUUCAGAGAGAAGGCCUCCCAUCCACCAGGUCCCAGCACCUGGUUCAUACCUGUUCUAAAUAACUUACCAGGCUGUGUACUGCAAUGAUUUGUUUCGUUUACACAGCUAGUAUUUUUUUUUUCUGCUCUCAAGGCCAGGAACUAUGUCAUUCAUUUUUAUGUCUCUAGGGCUUAGCUGGGCAAACAGCUGGGACUCAUAACAGUUUGCUAGUGAAUGAAUGAAAGAAUCAGUUCACCUCUCUUCAGUGCUAUACAACAGAACAAAUAUCCAGCUCAGAUACUGGCUGAAAGACCACAGGCUUCUACCUAGAGGACUCAGCUCUCAUAAUUCCUGAGACACCCUGGACAUGCCAGGGUAUAUUAUGGAGUGUGAUGGCAUCUAGAAGAGGGGGAGGAAGGCCCAACACUGUGGGUAAUCCAGACUUGGGCUGGAAAACAAGGUUGAAGUUACUCAUUAGCAGGUGAAAGGGUCAAGGGUCAAGGCAAGGGGGCUGGAAGCAGAGUGGACUGAAUAACUAGCAGGGGGAGAGAGAGCAGUUAAGGCACUGGCCACUUCACGAACAGCACCAGCUCCCUCCUGCCUGAAGAUGUUCCACCAAAUAUGGGCAGCUCUGCUCUACCUCUGUGGUAUUCUCCUUAACUCCAUCUACCAGUGCCCUGAGUACAGUCAACUGACAACGCAGGGAGUGGAUGGGAAAGAGUUCCCAGAACCACACCUGGGCAGGUGGUACUUUAUCGCAGGGGCAGCUCCCACCAAGGAGGAGUUGAUGACUUUUGACGCUGUGGACAACAUUGUCUUCAACAUGGCUACAGGCUCUGCCCCCACGAAGCUCCAGCUUCGCGCUACCAUCCGCAUGAAAAAUGGACUCUGUGUGCCCCGGAAAUGGAUCUACCACCUGACUGAGGAGAGCACAGAUCUUAGAACUGAAGGCCGCCCUGACAUGAAGACCAAGCUCUUCUCCAGCUCAUGCCCUGGUGGAAUCAUGCUGAAAGAGUCAGGCCAGGGUUACCAGCGCUUUCUCCUCUACAGUCGCUCACCACACCCUCCUGAGAAGUGUGUGAAGGAAUUCCAGUCCCUGACCUCCUGCCUGGACUUCAGGACCUUCUUACAGACUCCCAGGAAUCAAGGUGAGGGGGUAAAGUCCCACAGAAGAGGACUAGGACUCACCAAGUCUUCUGCAGGUGCCGGAUGAAAGGGACUCAAGUGAUGUCACUGGAGGACAUGGUCAAAGGCUGACAUCAUUAGAGUGGCUGUACUGACACAUCCAUUUGUGUCAUAGGCUGUGAUGGCACCAGAAGGAUGUGGCCAAGAGCUGUGGUGUUGGUGUCACCUGAGGGAGCCAGGAUGGGCUCUGGGCUACUCAAAAGAGAGGUUUCUUGAGUUUCCGGUGGAUAAAAGGGGCAGGGGGAGAGACACAUAGGGGAAAGGGCUUCAGGGACCCCUUCUUUGAUGCGGGGAAAAGCAGGAAUGCAUUCUCCUCCACCCCAUUACCACCAACCUUUUCUCCCUGGAGUUCUUUCCUUUCCAUCCUCUUCUUUUCUCCCUCCUCCCACCAGAGGCCUGCGAGCUGUCCAGUAACUGACCUGUGGCUUCAUCUGUGCCCCAGAUCGAUAUGGUGGGAGCUGCAAUUGUGCUGUGGGGAGGAGAAACUGGAGACUCCCAGCUCCCUUUCAAGAGUAAUAAAGAUGAUUUUUCAAUCCUCAUCUCAUUUUGGGCUUGUCUCCAGAAAGCAAUCCCCCCCAUCUCCAUUUCAGUACUCCCCCUG